AUGGUGGAGGCACCCCUGCGCGUGGCGAUGGCCGGAUAUUCCUUUUCCCCGGAAUAUUGGCAAACUCGCCACGCGGGCCUGAUCGAUGUCGUCAAGCAGCUAGGCCUUCCUACCGUCUUCCUCACCAUCGCUCCAUAUGAGUGGAGUUUUCCUUUUCACUCCUGGGUUGAGGACGAGAUGGCCAAGCUGCUGCGGGCGCGCCUCCGCUUGCCGGCUGCCGAGACGCUCCACAUCGCCCACGUCUUGGCCCAGGCAGCUCAGGGCCUGCUCACCGGCGCCAACAGCAGGUGCACGGCGCAGGGCCGAGCCGACAGAGCUCCGUGGCGUAGCCACGUCUUCGCCGCCAAGGACGGCAGCGGCCGCCGAACCGUCGUGAACUUCUUCGGCCGCCUCGAGUACCAGGACGGGAAGCGACGCCGCUACGUCAAUGCCCAGGAGGCCGCCGCGCAGUUCUACCAUGGCCGCGGCACCGUCCACCUGCAUUUGUUGGUCUGGCUGCAGCACGUCGAGGCGGUGCGCUUGGAGGACAGUCUCUCAGCUACGGUCCCGGCCGACAACCCUGCCAUGGCUUCCCUCAUCGAGGGCUCGCAGCGCUCCUGGACUGGCAGCGGGUGGCCAGAGGAACCCGGUCCCUCCCGCUACGAUGCUUCCGCCCAGGUGCUCCGCCUGCACCACUCGGCCUCAGAUUUCUGUCGCUUCGAUGCGGCCGGCAAUCCUGAAGGCGUGCGUGGCUACGUCAAGGAUCUGCUGGCCAGCUUGCAGUGCCAUGUGGACGUGCAGAUGACAGACGGCCGUGGCAUGCUGCUCAAAUACGUGUCGGGCUACGUGCCCAAGUUCUCGGACAGCUUCACGACCGAGUGGCUGGCCGACGCAUGCAGCGACUAUGCCGUCGCACGCAGGGUCCUCACGGACUAUCACCCUCUGGAACCGGAGAUGAUCUUGCAAUUGGCCAUGCAAUGGUUUCCUCAGUGCUUUGCAGGGAGUACCUUGCAGCGCUUCCGGGUGCCCGUGCCCUGGGAAGCCGAGCUCCCGGAGCGAGUGGAGCAGUACAUGGCCAGCCGGUGGCGCGCUGCCGACAUGCCGUUGGCGGACUACCUUCGACGAACCAAUGCGUCCGGAGGCAUUCACAGGGCUUUCCAACGUCGAUACAAGCAGGCCGUGGCCCAGACUACAGCAGUCGAGGGCGCGGACGCAGCGGAGGCCCUUCAAUCCUUCGAGGCCUGGGUCAACGGCGCCCCCCUGCAAGGCGACGUGGCGGUGGCGGCCAUCUAUCUGUCUCGCUACAACGACCGCUACUACGGCCACUGGGUGCUCAUGAACGUGCCCUUCCGUUCCCUGCGCGAGCUGGAGCGCCGCGAGUUGGAACUGGUCCCACCGCACCUGUACUACCAGACGCUCUCGCUCCUACUGCGGCCCGAGCAUUGGACGAGCGAGGCGGCCAUUCGUGCCGAGCUGGAGCUGGAGGCCUUCCGGGAGCAUCAUGUGCGCAACAUCAUCGCCAUGAUCUUCGCGAACCAGCGCCUGAUUCGCAUGUACCUCUCUGGGGAGCUGGACAAAAACGAUGACGCCCCUGUGAGCGACGGGCACGAUGCAGCAGCGGCAAACCCGGGCGACGUGCAGCUCUCCCGUCAGCAGAGGACCAUCGCGGACGAGCUCGUUCUCGCCGUGCAGGAUGGCAUGUUCCGGAAGCGCGCAGGCGAAGACGCUUGGAAGGGCGAAGGCCCCGGGUCGGACGAUCCGGCUGACGCUGACUCGCAGAAUCAUGCCUGGGCGCCCCCGCCGAACGCCACACCAUUCAUGCCGGCGCUGGACACCGGCCGUUGUGCCUUUGCAGUCCUGGGCCCUGCAGGCAGUGGGAAAACCACGGCCGUGCACGAGGCCAUCCGACGGACCGUCGACGUCGGCGGCAGAAUCCUCCUCACUGCCCCCACAGGGCGUCUGGCCGCCACGCUGUUCCCCGAUUUGGAGGUCGACACCGUGCACGGCGCCUUCCUAGUGCACAAGCCCGCCCAGGAGACCUUGGAGGUGCUGUGGCCCUACGACCUGAUCGUCGUCGAGGAAGUAGGCCAGCUCUCCCGCGCCAUCUUUGAACGCAUCGUGGAGCAGUGGCAGGCCGCGGAGCGCCUCCCGACGUUGGUCUUUGUUGGCGACUUCUACCAGCUGCCAGGCGUCGAGCCCUCCAGCUCGCUCGACUCCCCGCUCUGGCACCGCGGCACCAUCGCUCGCUGUCGCUGCGCUCUGUGGCGCCGCUGA